AUGCUAGGCAAGUUCGUGACUGCCUAUAUUGACGACAUCUUAAUCUACUCUCCCGACGAAAAGAGCCACCUGGAACAUGUCCGAGAUGUCCUCCAGUGCCUGCUGGCUAACCAUCUCUAUGUGAAGGCAGAGAAAUGUGAAUUCCAUCAGAGACAAAUCUCCUUUUUGGGCUAUAUCAUUAGUGCAGAAGGAUUCAGCAUGGAUUCUGCCAAGGUGUCUGCUGUCAUAUCCUGGCCAGCACCCACAUCUGUUAAGGACCUUCAGCGCUUCUUAGGCUUUGCCAACUUUUGUUGCCAUUUCAUUAGAGGCUUCAACAUGAUUGCUGAUCCUCUGAUGGCCCUGCUUAAGAAGGGAUCCAAAUGCCUUCAGUGGAACCCCUCAGCAGAAGAAGCAUUCAGCCGACUCAAGCACGCUUUCACCUCUGCUCCAGUUCUGCAGCACCCUGACCCAGCCAAGCCAUAG